AUGACAAAGUGCUGGUCCUGUCAGAAGAAUGACUUCGGUGUUCCAACUGCUGCUGCUUUCCUCAAAACCAAUUCUCUCGUUGUUGCUGAUUUCGGCCUGAGUUGCUUGGAGUUUUUUGAUUCUGGAGGCCAUCUUGAACACACCCUGACGGGCAUAAAACCCUUCGGAGUUACUUCGUACAACGACGGAGGUAGCAUCAUCGUGGGAGACAGGAAAUCAAAGUCUCUCAGAAUUUUCGAUGAGUUUGGUGCAGAUGUUUCGCAGAUCGAUAAUUUAGGAUCGUUGGAGUGGCUGUCGGGUCUGGCCGUCAGCAGAGAUGGCAAUCUGAUCAUGAGUGAUCGAAGCCGGUGCAAGAUCAUCAUCAGUAACAUCGGCGGCGAGGUCAUCAGCGAGUUUGGCUCGUAUGGGUCGGGUGCCAAGCAGCUCUGCAUGGCAGACUUUUUCGCGGUGGAUACCAAAAAUAGGAUAAUUGUGUGCGAUUCCGGAAACCACUGUUUGAAAAUUUUUGAUUCGAAUGGUAAUCCCAUAUCGACUGUUGGUUCUAGAGGAAACAGUGAUGGGCUGUCGGUCUUACACUAUAAUCUUAAGGGCAUGUCUCAGUACGAUGUCUAUAAUUAUAAAUACUGCCAAAUGUGAUUACAACGUUAACGACAUUUACAUUUUGUUUAAUUCAUUAGGAAGUUUGUUUCGAACAUGUUUGUCUAUCAGUGCGUUAAUUUUAUUCGUCCAUUUAUUCUUAUUCUUCUUUCGCUCAUUCAUUCAUUCGCUCAUUCAUUCAUUCACUCACUCAUUCAUUCAUUCAUAUCAAUGAUAAUUUGUUAAUAAUAUACUUUUUUUUUAGCUAAAACUUCUAUCUGGGGUGAUGUGUUCAUUUUUCGCUUUUAAAAAUUUUUAACUUUAUUUAAAACUUCUCUUUGGGGUCCUGCUUUUCGCAUACUUUUAAUUUUAUCUUUUAUUCUGUAAAUAUUUCAAUCCUAUGUACCAUUUUCUAGUUUUUUUUAGCGGUAUCACAUCAAUUCAUCCAUUCAUUCAUACAUUAUUCAUUCAUUUAUUCAUUCAUUCAAUCAUUUACUUUUUGUUUCUUUAUUUCGAUUUAACAUCACUUAACAUUAUGAAUGAAUAAUUCUGGUUUCUUUUCAGAUUUGAUAGAUAUCUUGACGAACUUUAACUGCUUAACCUUAUAGAUGUAAUAUCAUACAAACACAUACACUCACAUAUACACACAGGCACACACACAUAUUUCCUGUAUUGUUUUAUUUCUUUUAAACUUUCGAUUUUAAUUUUAAAGUAUUGCAAUAAACAUAGACAAAUGCAUGUACACACACAUACACACCGGACAUACACAAACACACAUGCACGUACAUACACACAUAUAUAUAUAUAUUUGUACAAGUUUUCAUGUAACUUUUUAAUUUGAUAUAAUAUGUAAUGAUUACGUUAUAUUAGCUAGUUUAAUAAAUUUUAAAUAAAUAAA